UAUACUGAUGACUUUUGUACAACACGUUGAUAACGUUACGUCAACGAGUUCACCAUAGUCUUCCCAACAUUCUGGCAAAUAUCAACAAAACAGUUACAGGUUGGGCUGAAAAUAAAUAAAAUGCACUGAAGAAUAUUGACUGUUUACGUUUUGACAUGGUUGAAGCGAGCUGUAGUUUGAAUUGGGAUUUUGAUCCAGAGCUAGGCUACUAGGAGGUUCGUAAAACGCGAUGUGCCAGUAUACUUUACGACGUGUUGUCGUUCUUUCUAUGGCAAGAGUUUUACAACUUCGACAGCCUUUGGCAAAGAUUCGAGCAAAAGGAUACGUGAGAACAGCUCUAUAGUUUUAUUGGGCUUGCGACAACUACAAGCAAUACAGUUUGUUCUAUAUACUUAAUAGUCAUCUGGAGUAUUGUUUAAUUGAAAAAUGGCAAUUGUUCAAAUGGGAAAAAGCAGAGACAGACUUCAAGAACUUAGUAUGAAACUAGAACAAAGUCACCUGGUGUAUUUACAGACUGAUGACAGCCCUUUGAAGUUACAACAACGUCAUAAGUUAGAAGGUUUCAUUAAAGAAUAUUUAUGCCUCGUUCCAAAUGACAACAAAUAUAUAUUUCAAGAGACGGCAGAUAUACUGCACAGGUCUGCUGCUACCGUUCAAGAUUUUAGUGGAUACAGAGCAUGUACUGCAUGGAGUGCAAUUUCACUAUACGCAGCAAACCUUUUAGCACAGCCAUGGCGGAAAGAAUACAGAACACUAAGGACAUAUAGUGGAUACUAUAAACAUGAGGUCGAAGCAAACUUAAUAGGUGCAGAGUUGAUGUUUGAGUUAAUGGGGUACAAGCAUACAGGAUUAGGUGUAUUAGCUUUAGAAGGACCGAUAGAUCCUGACAAAGUAUCCAGCGUCAGUAGAGAUGCUAUAGUGGCCUUUGUUGAAUGCCAGAUUUUUAAAGAAAUCUGGGAAAGCGUAUCACAAAAUUUCACAGUUUCGUGGCUUGAAAUUCUGGAAUUUCGAGAAAACCACGUAGGUACCCCAGAGCAAGCGAUACGUGCUUUAAAUUAUCGCUUUCUGGAAAAGAUACAUCAAUCUCGAGUCAAGGUCGAUAGUUACAGGGAUUAUCGACAUCUUCCACAAAGUGCUAUCGUGGACGUAGUACCAACGAUAUCAUAUCACGUGCCAUCAAACAAUUACAGCAGUACUGGUUUAUCAACGUGUCACGAUGAAUAUCGAUAUUUGGAUGAAGGAAAUGUGUCACCCGGUAGCUAUCGAUAUUUCAAUCCCGUCGAUUCUGUUAGCCUUGGGAAUCGAUGCAAUACUUAUAGCUAUUUACCAGCAGAUAAUAAAUACUUUAGUGGCAUUCAUGGGACUUCUUAUUGUACUGCAAUGUCAACGUACGGAACUAAAGUUCCAACUGGACGUUUAAUCGAAUUAGACACUCCAGUUCCAAUACCAGUGGCUAAUUAUGACAAAUCAUUGAACCGUCAAACAUCCUAUAAAAAUUCAGACUUCGACGAGGUCGAUUCAUUCCGCCGAAAAUCCAACGAUGCGGAUCGUUACAAUUAUACCAAAGUGGAGAAGAAACAUGGAAAAAGUGGCCUUGCACCUAUUGAAAAGGAUACCAUUGACAGUUGGGAUUUCGUGUACAGAAAUUUAGAGAGUUUAGGCUAUUCGAAGGAUCUAGGCGACCGCGAAGAUAUAUUACGUAAAAAGGAAAUGGACUGUCGAACAUCAAGACAGAAGUCAUCUAAAUCACCUGCUAAUAAUGACUUGGACGACCGGAAUUUAUCUCAGCGACUUUACGAGAAAAAACGAAGUCGUAAUGCAUUCAAUGAACUUGACAGAACCAAUGGACGAUCUGUUACAAAUCAGGAAUCAUUAGUUCACAAGAAAAAGUCUUCCCCCGAUCUCUCUAAUCUGGGAGCACUUGGCUCUACUGAUAUAAAGAUAGAAGAUCAAUACAUUCACAAUAAAUCCAAGAAGUACAGCCAAACAUUGCCUAAUCAACGAGCUAACGAUCGGUAUCGAACUUCCGAACAACAAAUUGCCAAAUUGGCAGAUUCACUUAGAAGCCUAGGAGUUCCACCUAGAGAAAAGCACCCGGAAGUGGAAAAUCGAUGGAACUGUUCCACCUGCACAUUCUUGAAUGCUCCUAAUAGGGAAAUUUGUGAAAUGUGUGGAAAAUCUAAACGCAGAGGUAACGAGGAUAAACCAUUAGCGAGCGGUGGAAAGGAGUGUCCACAGUGUACUCUUGUUAAUGAAAAAAACGUCUCUACUUGUGAUGCUUGUGGCGCGAGCCUUAAAGAUUCUCCGACCUAUAUAUAGACAUAGAGAGUGGCCUUGAAGUUACGAGAUUCGUGUAAAAAUACCUUGACGAAAUUAUUCGUUGAUUAUUAUAUUACGUAUAAGAGUCAAUUUCACAUCGUAAUUGCAGAAGUAAUUAGCGGCUUUGAUAAACUGUGAAUUCAAAUCUCAAUGCAUACAAAUUAUUACUGUUUGUCCACUUACGACUUCCAUGAAAUUCACGAUUUUUAGGUGAAGUGAAGAUGUUUAACAAAAACAAGCAUUUUACAACAAUAGGGCAACUGUAAUUAUUUUCUUCUUUUCACAAAAUAACGUGACCAUUUUGUGAAUUAUUUUUUCGAUGAAAAAUUCGUCGAGAGUAUAUGGUAUAUUUUGCGAUGAUACGUAUGAUAUUAGUAUUCUGUAUUGUUGUGCGGAUAUUAUCAAAGACGGUUAAAUAUGAAAUAGAAAUUUACCUUCGGCCUUUAUCAGAAUUUAAAGCUAGGUUGCGUAAUGAUGAUUAUUACGCGGAAUCGAGAAUAAUCACAUAAAGUCUUACAUUACAUAAUAUUAUUGAAUGUAAUGAUAACUCGAGAUCGCUAUCAAUAAUAUUAAUUAUCUGUAUAAAUUUUUCUUCUUUAAUUAAUAUCUCAUAUCGUUUAUCAAUGGUUGACGGUACUUUUAUUAGUAGAUUAUCAGUUUAUUUGCUUUGCAUUCAUGUUGAUCAAUGUAUCAAUAGAUCUUAUCAACAUUAAAAUUAUAUGAUCGAAAACGGUUCUAAAUCGUAUAUUUUUAUGGAAGACGGUUAUCUUUUAAAAACGUCUUGUAUAAUUGUGGAAAUCAAAUUUCUUUAUUUUUGUACAGUAUUGUUUCGCAAUAAUCAUUCUUCAUUAUCAAUAAUAAGAGAUUGCGCAGCUUAUCAUGAAUAAACUGAAUGCUCUGAAUAUUUAAGAAGAAAUAUAAAGAGAAAAAAGAAGUAUUGAUAAUAUUUAAGUAGUGAAAAGAACAGUUUUUAAUGUUAUUGCUUAUCGUCCAUUAACCUCAACAUUCUUAUAACAGAUUUUCUAAGAUAAAAACGAAAUUGCGGACAACUAUGAAAAUCGUAUACAGAAGAUUCUUUGAAAAUAGUUCUUCGAAAAAAAAAUAUACAUGCUUAAUUGGGUGUAUUGGGAGAAAAACGAAUUUAGUAAGCCAACCUAACAGUGAUUCUGAUAUUUUAAAUAAAUAAGCAUCGUCGGCGACCGAGGGAGUCCGAUCACAUCCAGAUCACUGUCAUGUUGCGCUUGUGAAUGGUUAGGCUUGGUCAGUUAAGAUUUUUCUAAGUUACGUGAGGUUAGAUCAGGUUAGGUCUCAACCUAAUCUUACCUCACAACUCGAAUUAUAAUAACUUCAAUUAACACGCUGUAUACUUAUGUAAUUUGCGGAUCGAUUAUUGAUUUUUCACCUUGUGCCAGAUCUUAAUUGACUAGAGACGGAAGCACAAUCGAUUAGUGAUAUCUACAGAAAGUAUAAAAGUUGCACAAAAGAAGUAGCUGUGCAAAAUCUAGAAUUAUCGAAACAUGAAAGAGCUAC